AUGCCGUCGUGCAUUCAGACAUUCUUUGGGACUCGGACAUCCACUAUGACAUCCACCCAACCGUCGAGACAACGUCCACGCAGAGAAAAAUGUGCCAGCGACUCCGAGAGCACUCAUCUACGUGGCUCCCAAGAUUUUCCCACCAAUAAAAGAGGCGCAUCAAGCAUCCAAAUCUACGCGCCUCGCAACCCCAAGAGCGCGCGCCACAGCCAUGUAUAUUCUCUCACUACACCCGCACCACGAAAACAAUGUCCGAAGGCUUCCGACACCGCCCUGAAGAAAAUUCACAAAAUUGCGCAGCUCUCGUCCUCUGAAGACUCUGAUGCAUUUUACUCCUCUCCCCCGUCCGUCGAUAAAAAGUAUCAGUCACUUAGCGUGUCUCCACCGAAAUACGCCCCGCUUCCAGGUGCACCUCGGGCAUCCAGCUCGGUUACUGGUGGGGAUAGUUCCGAGAAGCAAUCGUGCCUCAAGCCGGCGGGUAAGAGCUCAUCAACAGACGGCCGAUUUCACCAAAGCCAUGUUUCUUUCACCCAUCCUAACAGAUCAAUCAUCGUUCAGAUGCAUCCCCUCCUCGCUUGUUCGCGAGCAUCACGCUCACCUAUCUCCUAUGAUAUUGCCUGCUCCCCUUCGUCAAAAACAAUCAUUGACCGAAUAACGCACUCUCCCAUUCCGGCGUAUCUGCUGCUUCAACCGGCUACGGAGCCUCCGACAACAGGAAAGCUGGAAUUGAAGAUUGAAGGGGUUCCUUGGGACGUUGUGGUCGCUCCCGCAUCGGGACGGGGACCUGUCACCCCAGCCGUGGCAGGCCAUCGACGCCGAAUAGCACAACCGCCCGAGCCCGCCAUCACUAACCUCGACCUGCUAUUCGCGAUUCACCAAACGAUGUACACGCGCGUGACUAGAGAGGAAUGGGAAGCGUUGGGAAACGGGAGUUCAUCACAACGAAAAGUUGCAAGGGCGUAUGAGAAACGGUGUCUCGCCGAUGGUACGGGAUGGGAGGAAGGGGUGCGGAGGAUCGAUUACUUGAAGGGGAGGACGAAGGUGGCCGGAAUUGAGGUUUUGUCGGGGAUAGGCGGUGGGACGAAAAGAAUUCUUUUCAAGGCAUAG